AUGAACUCCACAGAAGACACAUUGCCUCUGAUGCGAUUUGUGAAAUACAACAGUCAGCAGGUCGACAAAGGGAAGCUCAUGAAUGUAUUGACUAUUGCGUGGGCCAUUUGGUUUUGCAAAAACAAACGUGUACUUGAUAAUGCCUCACUUGAUGUUAAUUUUGAUUCUGUUGGAUUUAUUAGAAUGGUGCAUGAUUACAAGUUGCAUACAUCCAAAGUCUUUAAACCUUUAGGCUGUCCUGCUGCUGUUAGCAAGUGGGUUCGGCCUCCUCAGGGUGUUGUAAAAAUAAAUGCCGAUGCACACAUAGGUGAUGGAACUUCUGGGGGUUUGGGGGUGGUGACGAGGGACUGGAAUGGCACUAUGCUGUGGGUUGCUGUCAAGAGGACUGUUAUGAACCUGAACAUUGAAGUACCUGAAACAGCAGCGGUUCGUUAUGGCUGCCAAUUGGCUUUACGUUUGGGUAUUGACAGGUAUGGCUCGAAGUGA